AUGGCACCUUAUGAAGCCCUGUAUGGAAGAAAAUGUCGGUCUCCUUUACAUUGGGAUGAUGUUGGAGAGAAGAAGUUGUUGGGCCUUGAAUUAGUUCAGAGUGCUAGGGAGAAGAUUCUACUGAUCAGGAAAAGGCUCAAGGCAGCUCAAGAUAGACAGAAAAGCUGGGCAGAUAAGAAAAGAAGAGAAGUGAAAUUUCAGGAGGGGGACUUUGUAUUAAAAGUUUCACCCUCGAAAGGUGUUACAAGAUUUGGAAGACAUAGUAAAUUAAAUCCUCGCUACAUUGGACCCUUUGAGAUUCUUUCCAGAGUAGGGGAGGUUGCUUACAAACUAGCUUUGCUACCAGAGUUAUCCAGUGUGCAUAAUGUCUUUCACGUUUCUCUUCUACGGAGAUACAUUCCUGAUCCCAGCCAUAUAGUACAGCACGAGCCCCUGCAGAUUGAUAGAGACCUGAUUUAUGAAGAGUAUCCUUUACGCAUCAUUGAUCAUAAGGAGCAGGUCCUGAGGCGACGUAUCAUCCCCUAUGUGAAAGUUCAGUGGAGCAACCAUUCGGAGAGAGAGGCCACAUGGGAACUUGAGGAGGAUAUGCGAGCAAGACAUCCGUAA